UUGCACGUACGAGUGAGGAGGUACUCACACGUGGAGUGGAGUGGAGGCAGCCACUGUCACUGUCAGCUCCUCCCCACUUCCCCUCCCUUCUUCUCCCCCAGCCAGCAUUAACCGCGCCCCACUCCUACCCCGGAGCUACCGGAUCCACAGAUCGCCGUCGCCGCCGCGCUUCCCCCCUCCCUCUCCGGCGCCCUCAUGGAGACGGACACCCCACCCGCGGCGGCGGCGCCCGGCGUCGGGGCCCAGACCCUCGCGCUCGCGGUGGCCGCGGCCGCGGCCUGCAGCGUGGCCGUGGAGGACAAGGCCACGGCCAAGCGCGCGCGGAAGCGGAGCAGGUACCUCGCCGACUACGAGACCCCCACCAUCCUCAACACCCUCCACGGCGACGACGACGACGACUGCAUCGUCACCCCGCCUCCGCCUCCAAGAAAGGGGGCGGUGAACGAGGGGCCGGCUCUGCUCCUCCGGCUCCGGCAGGCCAACGUCGCCGCGGCCGACCUGCUCGCCGCGCUCCACCGCUGCGCCGCAUCCCCCUACGAACCCCCGGGGACGGGGGGCGUCGACGCCGGCCUUCUCCUCGGCUUCUUCGCCCUCCACAGGGAAGCCUCCGCCUCCGUCCCCGUGGCCGCCACCCACCGCGCCGGCAAGGACGCUGCCCUGGUUACCACAGGUCAGCAUCGCUCUACUGAUGCCCCUGCCGCCGCUCGCCCGAAUCCAUGCCAGGCCAUGGCCGUCUCCAACGGAUCUGCCGGCAAGGAGGAACAGGCCGGUGGCAUUGCCAUUGGCCACGCCGCACAUGCGCAAGCCCACCACCACAUUGGAGCUGGACCACCGAAUGCAGCAGCACCACCAGGAGGAGGAGCUGGGCCCAGCAAGAGGAGGAAGAAGAAGGAGGUGACAUUCGCACUCGGUGCGCCUACUGCCGCCGGCUGCUCUGCUCAACCCCCCACCCAUGGCGUCGGUGCUACUGCCAUGGCUUGUUACCCUGCAUACGCACAAGCCCACCACGCUGGACCAUCAAAUGCAGAUGCAGCACUAGGGGGCACUGGACCCAGCAAGAGGAAGAAGAAGAAGGUGGCAUUCGCACUGGGUGCGCCUGCUAGUGCCGCCGGCGCGGGUUGCUCUGCUCAGCUCGCUGCCACACACAGCAGCAGCACCGGCAGCGCCAGUUCCGCACCCAAGAAGCCGGCCAAGAACAAGAAAGCUGUCAAUGGGCAGCAGCAUUUCAGCAAGCCGGUGGCCCUCAUUCUGCAAUUCGCCCCGGGCACCGCCGCCGAUCAGCUCCCUUCCAAGGAGCAGCUCCACUCCACACUCCGCGGCUUCGGCCCCCUCAUCGAGCCCAGCACCGAGAUCACCAAGAAACAGGCGCGCGUCGUGUUCCAGAGCAGCGCCGCCGCGGAGGCCGCCUACAGCUGCGUGCACACGCUCGGCGACUUCGCCGCGGCGCGGCUGCAGUACCUGCGCCCGCCGCCGCCCCCUCCAAAGAUCCCGCUCACGGACGUCCGGAAGAACCUCGAGAGGAUGAUCGCGUCCCUCACCGGCCCAAGGCUGCUCGGCAAGGAGGACAGCGCGUGGAGCCUCGCCGGAGAGAUGCAGCACCUUCUGGUCAAGGUCGACCGGGCGCUGAAUGCCGGCAGGGCAGGGCCUUCCACCUCAGCUGCUGCUCAUCACUAUUGAUCUCAGCUCUGCUCAGCCAUGCUCUGGUCUGCUACAUGGAGAUAAGCUCUCCAUGCCUCCUAGUAUGAUGGUUAGCUAGUGAUCUAGGUGCUCUUGUAUAUUACUAGCUCUAGUCUAGUUCCACCUAAGCUGCUGCUCAUCACCAUUGAUCUCAGCUCAGCUCAGCCCAGCCCAGCCAUGCUCUGGUCUGCUAGAUGGAGAUAAGCCCCUCCUACCUCCUAGUAUAGUUAGUUUAGUCAGUGAUCCAGUUGGUCUUCUUGUAUAUUAUGAACUCUAGUCCUGCUAGGUACUGGUCCUGCUCGAAUCAUCGUAGCUGCUAAUUCCCAGUCAGUAUGUUUCGAUGUCGAUCUAUACUGGCUGCAGAGACGAUCUGGCGAUGAUCGAGCUUCUAAUGCCCAUGUGUAAUAUAUAUCUACCUGCUACCAGUGAAGUAA